AUGUUGGAGCUUGACUGUCAUUUGACUCUUGAUGGUCAAGUGGUUGUGUCUCAUGACAACUGCCUUUUACGUAUUUGUGGCUGUGAAAUGCUCAUCUCACAGACAGAUUACAAGGAUUUACCAUCGUUAAAACCGGAAUUACCACUAGAUUUUAAUCCCAAUGUGAUUGUUGGUUCACCUGAUCGUCACAUUCCUUUACUGGAAGAAGUUUUCCAAACUUUCCCAAAUAUGCCUAUUAACAUUGACAUUAAAGUUAAUGAUGGCAAUCUUAUAGAAAAGGUUUCAGCCCUUAUCAAAAAGUACAACAGAGAAGAAAUCACAGUUUGGGGAAAUAAACAACAAGCCAUUAGUACCAAGUGUUACAAAUGUAAUCCUAACAUUCCACUGAUUUUCUCUCUGAGGCGAGUCUUAAUCCUUCUUGCCUUAUACUACAGCGGCCUACUUCCCUUUGUACCAUUAAGGGAAACCUUUUUGGAGAUAGUCAUGCCAAGUAUUAUCUUAGAUGAAACAAAAUCAUUAGUGGAACUCAGCAGGAAGAAAAGACUUUUUAUCAGAUUCUGUGAUAUACUUCUAAUGAGGCCAUCCUUGUUCAAACACCUAGAAAAAAGAGGCAUUCAGCUUAUGGUUAAAUUAAUAUUUUCUCUUCAAACUUUGAAUAAUUAUCUCUUUCCUUCCUCUCCUUUUCUUUCUCCCUCCCUGUCCCUCUGCUUUUGUCUCUCCUCUCCGCACUUUCCCUCUGCUUUUGUCUCUCCUCUCCCAUUUCCCUCUUUUUGUCUCUCCUCUCCAGUUUUUCCCUUGCUUUUGUCUCUCUCUCCCACUUUCCCUCUGCUUUUGUCUCCUCUCCAUUUGACUUUCCUCUGCUUUGUCUCUCCUCUCCGCACUUUCCCUCUGCUUUUGUCUCUCCUCUCCGCACUUUCCCUCUGCUUUUGUCUCUCCUCUCCGCACUUUCCCUCUGCUUUUGUCUCUCCUCUCCGCACUUUCCCUCUGCUUUGUCUCUCCUCCUCUCUUUCCCUCUGCUGCUUUGUCUCUCCUCUCCUUUUUUUCCCUCUGCUUUUUGUCUCCUCUCUCUUUUUUCUCUGCUUUUGUCUCUCCUCUCUAAAAAUUCACUCUGCUUUUGUCUCUCCUCUCCAUUCUUUUCCUCUGCUUUUGUCUCUCCUCUCCCGUUGUUUUCCCUCUGCUUUUGUCUCUCCUCUCCAGAUUAUUUUCCCUUCUGCUUUUUUCCCUCUCAUAUUUUCUCUCUGCUUUUAUUUUCCUCUCUCUGCAUAA